CUCUAUGACUCUGUCACCCUACCUCUCGCUCUCUUCCUUUUGCUUUCUGCCGUAUGCUGGCUCGUGCAUGCCCUCCCUCCGUUGCUCAAUGCGGCUGGGGAAAAAGGAAAAAAUAAAUAAAAGGAUCUGAAAAGCAGCAGCAGACGGGUGAUUUUUAGCCAAGAUCACACAGAAGUGUAGAAUGGAAAAGCAUCCGGGUUCUUUGUGCAUUAACCCUCAUGAGUGCAGAGGGGUGAAAUACAGCUCAACUAGUGGCUAAAUCUAACCACAGGAGUUUGUAAAUGCCCAGCUUUCAAUCCGCUCUGGAAUUUCAGCCUCUCAAUAUUUGGAAGGCGCAAGAGGUGUACUCUCUGAGAAUGCUACGGAGCAGAGAAAAAAUGGAGAGGGACAAGAUGGAAGAACAGAAUCAGUCUAAGAAGAGGUUGCGGGUGUGUGCGGCGACAUGCAACAGAGCAGAUUACUCCAAGCUGGCCCCCAUCAUGUCUGGGAUUAAAUCCAACCCUGAGGAUUUUGAACUGGAAGUUGUAGUGCUUGGUUCACAUCUCAUUGAUGACUACGGCAACACUUUUCGAAUGAUUGAGCAGGAUGACUUUGACAUUGGCUCUAAGCUCCACACUAUUGUGAGAGGAGAGGAUGAGGCAGCCAUGGUGGAGAGUGUUGGGCUGGCGCUAGUGAAACUCCCUGAUGUCCUACAGAGACUGCGCCCUGACAUCCUGGUUGUGCACGGUGACCGUUUUGACGCACUGGCUCUGGCAACUGCUGCAGCGCUGAUGAAUAUUCGAAUACUUCACCUGGAGGGAGGAGAGGUUAGUGGUACAAUUGAUGACUCAAUCCGCCACGCCAUCAGUAAACUGGCUCAUUACCAUGCCUGCUGCACACGCAUGGCAGAGCAGCACCUCAUCGCCAUGUGUGAGGACCACUCUCGUAUCCUCCUGGCAGGAUGCCCUUCAUAUGAUAAGCUGCUGUCGACUCAUCACAGAGAGGACUACAUGGAUAUCAUCAAGAGCUGGUUGGGUGACAAGGUGCAGGACCAUGAUUAUAUUGUGGCGUUGCAGCACCCAGUCACUACAGACAUCCAGCACUCAAUUAAGAUAUAUGGGCUGAUGCUGGACGCACUGCUCUCCUUCAACAAGAAGACCCUCAUCCUCUUCCCUAACAUUGAUGCCGGAAGCAAGGAAAUGGUACGUGUCAUGCGAAAGAAGGGCAUUGAGCAGCACCCCAACUUCCGGGCAGUGAAGCACAUUCCCUUUGAGCAGUUCAUCCAACUUGUCUGCCAUGCCGGCUGCAUGAUCGGAAACAGCAGCUGUGGAGUGCGAGAAGCCGGAGCAUUUGGCACGCCCGUCAUUAACCUGGGAACAAGGCAAACAGGAAGAGAAACAGGUGAAAAUGUUCUACAUGUCAGAGAUGCCGACACUCAGAAUAAGAUUUACCACGCUCUGGAGCUGCAGUUUGGAAAAAGAUACCCCUGCUCUAAGAUUUAUGGUGAUGGCAACGCAGUCCCUCGCAUUCUCAAGUUUUUGCAAACCAUUGACCUGGACGAACCCCUCCAGAAGACCUUCUGUUUCCCUCCUGUGAAAGACCCCAUUUCCCAGGACAUUGAUCACAUCCUGGAAACUCAAAGUGCUCUGGCCAUUGACCUCGGAGGAACCAACCUCAGAGUGGCUAUUGUCUGCAUGAGGGGCAAGGUCGUGAAGAAAUACACUCAGCCCAAUCCAAAGACUUUUGAAGCGAGGAUGCAUCUCAUAUUAAAAAUGUGUACAGAUGCCAUGCGGGAUGCUGUGUGCCUCAACUGUAGAAUACUUGGCGUCGGAGUGUCCACGGGUGGGCGUGUCAACCCACAAGAAGGUGUGGUCCUUCACUCGACAAAGCUGAUUCAGGAGUGGUCUUCUGUGGACCUGAGGACACCCAUCUCAGACGCCCUGCACCUACCUGUCUGGGUCGACAAUGACGGCAACUGUGCUGCGUUGGCAGAGAGGAAGUUUGGUCAUGGCAAGGGAGUGGAAAACUUUGUCACUGUCAUUACAGGAACAGGUAUUGGAGGAGGGAUCAUUCAUCACAAUGAGCUGGUCCAUGGCAGUACCUUCUGUGCUGCCGAGCUGGGACACAUCAUGGUUUCACUGGAAGGCCCAGACUGUUCAUGUGGCAGCCACGGUUGCAUAGAGGCCUAUGCAUCUGGCAUGGCCCUUCAGAAAGAGGCCAAGAGGCUACAUGACGAGGACCUGCUUAAGGUGGAAGGGAUGGAUAUGAAGCUGUCGGAACCAAUCACUGCUGCUCACCUCAUCAGUGCAGCCAGAAUGGGGAACUCAAAAGCUGAUGCCAUUCUGAACAAGGCCUCCACAGCAUUAGGGGUAGGCAUCAUCAACAUCCUCCACAUAGUCAACCCCUCACUGGUGAUUCUGUCUGGAGUCUUGGCCUCGUACUACCAGGCCCCGGUGCAGCGCAUCAUCUCAGAGAGAGCUCUCCUCUCUGCCCAAAGCAUCAAGGUUGUCACAUCAGACUUGGAAGAGCCUGCCUUACUUGGAGCUGCUAGCAUGGUGUUAGACUAUGCAACCAGAAGGAUAUACUGAAGGACAUAUCUCUAAUUUAGUAAGGACUACAGAACUAGAAAUAUGAACAUAUCUAUAAGACAACUUCAAGACAGAGGUGCAAGGCUAAGCGUUGAAACUAUCAGUUGUAAGCACGAGUUUAUUAUAUGUUUUAAAUUAUUUUGUCUGCUUGUUGAUGACCGGAAGUGAAUGCAGUUUUGCUUGCAUUGUCCACAAAUAUACAAAUACUGUUGUUUUUUUUUCACAUUGUAACUUGAAUACAAGUUUGAAGUGGGUCCAUUACCAGGUCAAAAAUCCCACACCUGAUUUUGUACCGUGCCUACAGUGUAAUCAAAGUUUGAAGUCCUGGAGCUAUUUUCGAACAAGGCAUCAGCUUUUGAGUACUCUACAAAUCCAUCUUCAAGUCAAAACUACUCAUGCAGGACAGCACUUAUAACAGCUCUAUCUGUAAUGCUAUAUGUGUAGAAAGAAAAGUUUGUCAUAGAAAGCUUGUUUCAGAUGUGACCAAAGUAUUGCUGAAACAUGUUACUGUAGUGGUCUGUCUAAAACUCUUUAAUUUACACUUUUAUCUGUUUUGAGACAAGGAUGGCUGCCCAGUCAUGUUAAAUUUCCAUGCUUUGUUAGUGAUUAGAUCAUUUAAAAUCCAUGAAAUCAAACUAUAGUGGCUUAUAUUAAUGAACCGUUAAAGCAGCAGCUGCUUUAGCCUUAUGACUGCUAUAGUGUGAGGAGGGCUUGAGGAUGAAUCUUUUCCUGAAUUACUUUUUCUUUUUUUAUUAAAUUACAACCAACCUAAAGAUUUUAACCUUCUAAAGAUAUUAUAUGGUUUGUAUGUAGUAUUACAUACCACAUGUACUUUGUGUGAGUGUUUGUUUUUGGAUACAUUUCUAUUUAAGCUUAUUGAUUGUGUUGGUCUAAAUAAAUAAUCUGUCAGUUUUA